GGGAAUCGCGAGUUGGCCCGUGCCUAUCAUUAUCAUCGCCAGACCAGCCCGAUGAACAUGGAAGUAUGCUGGACAACCUCGUGAUUUAGUCUUUCUUAAAAACCCAGUACAGUUACCACAGUAAAUAGCAUGUGCCCGCUGUAUCUUCUUACAGGUAGGAGUGUAAGAACUACUUCGAUCGUAGGAAUCUUCCAACUCCCGAGGUUGGCGGCGGCUUAGCUAAGCGCUAAUCCAUGCGCGCGCGCCAUUGCAGGGGUUGUUUUGGCAAUUUGAGAACGGGCAGCGCCCCCUUUUCACAUGGCGGACUUCCGGAUUUCUAAUCAUCAGACAGCAGAAACAAAAAUUCAGACAGGAUGAUGCCUAGAGCGGCAUAGUCCACUCAUCCUUCCGGGCGACACCAGCGGGCUCGGGCAGCAGGUCAUUGGCUUUUGCUGACAGACAUGACAACCGGGUUGACCAAGCUGUCCCUGGGCCAAUUGCGGAACCUGACCUUGCAAUGCGGGAUCAACAGGUCCGGCACCAAGGGCGUGCUUAUUCAGCGCCUCGACCAGACGCUGCGCGACCACCGGCCCCUGGGGCCCGACGCCCGCGUGCUGAGCAUCGACCUCGGCAUUCGGAAUCUGGCCUAUAGCCUGCUGUCCCCACCGCUUGCCCGCCCAAGCCGUGCCCAGCGGGGAUCCAAGGCUGGCCCCGCCGUGCACGCCUGGCGCCCGCUCUCGCUCGCCCCGGCACCCGGCGCCGCAGCGGGGGACCAGGACCAAGGGCCCGCCGACGGCGCCGACGAGGCUCUCGCGGCGGACUUCAGCCCCGCGUCCCUCUCGAGGAUCGCCCUCCGCCUGGUCCAGGAGCGGUUGCUCCCGCUGCGGCCGACGCAUGUGCUGAUCGAGAGGCAGCGCUUCCGCUCCGGCGGCGGGUCGGCCGUGUACGAGUGGACUGUCCGCGUCAACUCGCUGGAGGCCAUGCUCUAUGCCACCUUCGCCACCCUGCAGGCCCUCGGCCACUGGGAUGGUGUUGUUCUCCCCAUAGACCCGAAGCGUGUAUCCACGUUUCUGCUGGAGGACCAGAAAGUUGUCGGCGAUGACGGCGUCGAGCGGGGCGGGGAAGAUCCGGACUGUGUGCCGGGCGCGAAGAAGGCCGGAGGAAAGGCACGGAAGGAUGCCACGGGGGCGGAGGUAAAAAGUAGCGGGAGAGUCGCCAGGGAGAACAAGAAGCGGAAGAUCGACCUCGUGGGAAAUUGGUUGGUGCACCACAAGCUCGCAAUGGCCGGCGUGGAGGCCACGGCCAUGAGGAUAGCAUUCUUGGAGAAGUGGUUGCCGAAGGAGCAUCUGGGAAAGCGGAGCGCCGAAGGUUUGGCGCUGAAGGGGACAGCGGAGAGCAUAAGGAAGCUCGACGACGUGGCUGACAGCCUCUUGCAAGGGGUUGCCUGGUUGAGGUGGGAAGAGAAUAAGACGAAAUUAAGACAGGGGCAUCAAUUUGACCUUGUGGGGGUGCAGCAGGAGUCAUCAGCUUAACAGCCAGCUCGGCCCUUGGUCCUGUCAUAUUUCCGUAGGACCAGACGUUGCAUAGAUGGGUAUCAUAUUGGUCUAAAGCGCCAUACUACCUAGUCACUCCAGUAGUCGUCAUACCUGCCCUCUUCCCUCUGAGUACUGACCCACUCCUCACUGGCUAGAC